CUUCCUGGUCAGUGCUCAGCAGCCACCCUGGACCCAGGCUGGGGACACUGGAGGCAUUGGAGGCCAAGCUCGAGGUCCAGGCAGGGCCUGGGGCGGGAAGAUGGCCGAUGGGGGCAGUGACUUCAGCACCAGAAUAUCCACAGAAGACCAGAACAUAGAAGAGAGGCUUGUCUAUGAGGCUGUAUUCAGGCACUUCAAAAGAUAUAAGGUGGAAAUUUCAAAUGCAAUAAAAAAAACGUAUCCUUUCCUUGAGGGACUCCGUGACCGUGAACUCAUCACCAACAAAAUGUAUGAAGAUUCUCAAGAUUCUUGUAGAAACCUGGUCCCUGUAGAAAGAGUGGUGUACAAUGUGCUCUGUGAACUGGAGAAGACUUUUGACCUGCCACUUCUGGAAGCAUUGUUCAGCGAGGUCAACAUGCAGGAAUACCCCGAUUUACAUUACAUUUAUAAAAGCUUCGAAAAUGCAGUCCAAGAGAAACUUUUCCUCCAUGAAAGUGAGGGAGACGAGAGGGAGCAGAGGCUUAAUAUCCAACUAAGCCUUGAACAAGGAACAGGUGAAAACUCACAUCGAAGCCCAUCCUGCUCAUGUGCAGAAGCCUCGUCUUAUGAUGGUACAAUCCCACCUGAAAAUGGACUCUCAGAGCACCUCCGUGAAACAGAACAGAUAAAUGCAAAGAGAAAAGACAGAACCAGUGACAAAAAUGAUGCACUAGAAAGCCAACAAGCAAAUGAGCAAUGUGCCCAGGAGUCUGAGCCAGCAGAGUCCUGCGAACAAGCACCUAUCCAAGUGAAUAAUGGAGAAGCAAGAAAGGAGACGUCCAGCCCAUUGCCAUGUGAUGAAGAACGAGCACAGCUACGCAACCAUGGAAUCCAACUCAAUUCCUGUUCUGUACGUCUGGUGGAUAUAAAGAAGGAAAAGCCGUUUUUUGACACAAGGGUUGAACAGCAAUCCCAAGCAAGGACUAACUGUAACCAGGCAUCUGACAUAAUAGUGAUCAGCAGUGAGGACUCCGCAGAAUCCAGUGAUGAAGACGAGCCCUCAGAAGCCUCCCCCUCGAUACUGAAAAGUUGGCCUGCAAUCAAUAACCGGGACUCAUUAGAAUCAAGUGAAGGAGCAGAGACCCAAGAAGCUACCUGCUCACGACCUCAGAUUAUACCAGAGCCCAUGGAUUUCAGAAAAUCACCGACAUGCAGAAAAAGCCUUUGGAAAAGAGUGGUAAGACCUGGAGACUCUUCAGAGUCCAGUGCAGACGAGGCAUCCCCGGGAGCCUGGAGCUCUGCAUUGGGAAGUGGACCUGAUGAGGAGGAUCCUGCGGAUAUUGGAAACAAAUCUUUUUGGGGGUUAAGUAAUAGGAAAAGAACCUAUCUGGAUGAGAUCCAGAGCUGGAAGAAGAAGAAGUAUGUGCAUACAAGUGGAAAGGGUAAGAAGGGGACCACCAGUGAUGACUUUUCAGAAUUGAGUAACAGAGAAGAGCCUCAGGAAACUUCUAGCUCAGCCCUAAGAAGUGGGUCAGGUGUGCCAAGAGGCCAAGAAGCAAGGACUGAAAAUAGCCAAGCAUCUGACAUCAUGGAUACCAUGGACAUUGGAAACAAUUCUACUUUGGGGAAACACAGUGAGGAAAGAAGAGAAAAAAGAAGUUGUAUGUAUAAGAUAAAGAGUCUCCAAAAAGUGAGAAAGAGAGGCAGACAUAAAACCCAAACUCUGAGAAACAGAGCAUCAUGGAAAAUAGGCAACCCAAAAGGGAGAAAAACAGUCAUCACUGGGCCUUUGAAAAGACGCAGAAAAAGAGGUCCAAGAAUUCCCAGAGACAAAAAGAUGAAUUUUCGACCUCCUGAACUUCCCGUGACCUGUGGUGAGGUGAAGGGGACUUUAUAUAAGGAGAAAAUGAAACAAGGAGUCUCGGAGAAGUGUAUACAGAGUGAGGAUGAAAGGUGGUUCACCCUCAGGGAAUUUGAAGUUAAAGGAAACUACGGAGCAUCCAAGAACUGGAGGCUGACUAUACGCUGCGGCGGAUGGCCCCUGAAAAUCCUGAUUGAGAAAGGAUUUCUACCAAACCCGCCACGAACAAGAAAAAAGAUGACAGUACCAGAGUCUCGUGACAAUGCCUUAGUUGACCCUUAUCCGCAAAACUCAAAUGUAUGUGAGGUAUGCCAAAGAAGGGGACUGCUGUUCUGCUGUGAUACUUGUUCAAGAUCCUUUCAUAAGGAAUGCUACAUCCAGCCUAUAGAUGCUAACAGGAACCCGUGGAGUUGCCUCUUCUGCAGGGUAAAGUUUAUUCAGGAAAGGUUCUCAGACAGCCAACGACGUCAUCAGGAAUCUGAGGUCCUGAAGAAGCAGAUGCUGUAUGAGGAGAAGUUGAAAUGUGAGUUCCUCCUCUUGAAAAUCUAUUGCUGCUCAGAAAGCCCCUUUUUUGCCUCAGAACCAUACUAUAGUAAAGAGGCAUCCUGGGGCCAGAGGAAGCCCAUGUGGUUAAAUAAAAUCAAGAAAAAGCUGAAUAAGAAGAUGUACCUCCGAGUGGAGGGCUUUGUGCGGGAUGUGCGCCUCAUCUUUCAGAACCACAGGGCAUUUUACAAGGACCAGAAGUUCGUCAGGCUGGGACUUCAACUAGAGGCCAAAUUUGAGACUAAUUUCAAAAACAUUUUUGCAAUUCAGGAAAUAAGUAAAAACAGUUCUCAGUUUGAGCCCAUAGUUUGAUAAUAUAACCCAUUUCUGUUUCCCCCUUCAGAGCUUCCAGCAGCUACGUGAUAACGUGCCUAUGGUCCCACUAUACAUACAACAUCAUAUUAUACUUCUUUUUCAAACUUA